AUGACAGAAGGAGCAAUCCCUCAUUUCGCUUGCCCAUCUUGUUCGAGUCUGGCUCCCGAUUUCGAGUGGCUGAAGGACCACAUUCCAUCGCACGAAUUUCAGCAGAAUAAUGACGGAUGCGAACAAACAAACAAAUGUUACGAUGGUCUUGGAUACGAUCUUCAUGGUCGUAUUCGUCUCGUUAUGGAAGCCUCAAGCAACAAUGUCACGGAAGACAACAUUGAGCACACCCAGGAAGAUACUGUCAAGACGCUCCAUGCGUCAAUCGAGAUCCUGAACUCGUUCAUCCGUCGUUAUGCCGCUGCGUCCUUCUCGAGCCUUUGCUCUGUCGUGUCAUUAUCUGUCCAGUGCCUUUGUACGACCAUCACCCUCUCAAUCACCACCAUGGACUGCGAUAACAUUGGUGCGUAUAUCUUUAUAGAAGUACGGUCGGCCGAUAUCCACUUUCAUUCCAAACUCGCUCAUCAUGGACGGGAGUGUUCGAACUGA